AUGUCCGCCUUUCGAAGAAUAGGCAAAAGGCUUGUUUUGGUUGGAGCAAUAUCUGGCGUCGGUGCUGCAUUUUUAUUGGAAUUUGUCCCCAGAGUUAAUGAAGCCAGAAGGACGAAGGCUUUACUGUCGAGACCUAAACCUUCAGAACAGGAGUUCAAACGUUUUGAGCGACCCUUGCCGACUAGAGAUGAACAUCUCAAACGAAUGGCAUCAGGUGAACUUUUCGAUGUCUUAGUAAUUGGUGGUGGGGCAAGUGGUGCUGGUGUUGCGUUAGAUGCUGCAUCUAGAGGUUUAUCAACAUGCCUUAUUGAAAGAUUGGAUUUUGCUUCGGGUACCUCCUCUCGUUCAACCAAACUUAUUCAUGGUGGUGUUCGAUACCUACAAAAGGCUAUAUUUAAUUUGGACAUUGAACAGUUUCGUAUGGUUAAUGAGGCACUUAGUGAACGGUCUAAUCUAAUCGAUAUUGCUCCACAUCUAGCCUAUCCAUUGCCAAUCAUGUUGCCCAUAUAUAAAUGGUGGCAAGUUCCGUAUUAUUGGGCUGGUAUUAAAAUGUACGACUUAAUAUCUGGUGCUCAAAUACUAAAAGCCAGUUAUUAUCUUAAUAAAUCACAGGCAUUAGAACGAUUUCCCUUAUUGAAACGUGAUAAACUAGUCGGCGGGUUAGUAUAUUAUGAUGGCCAACAAGAGGAUGCUCGUAUGUGCUUAAGUAUUGCAUUAACUGCGGCUCGUUAUAAUGCUGCGAUUGCUAAUUAUGUUGAAGCUGUUGAAAUAAUUAAACAACCAUCUCGAACUAAAUCAAUUUCAUUGAAAUCAACAUUGGAAACAACAUCUGAACCAGUACCUACAGUAUCAGGUGCACGAGUUCGAGAUAGAUUAACUGGUAAAGAAUUCACAAUCAAUGCUCGUUGUGUGAUUAAUGCAACUGGACCAUUUACAGAUAGUAUACGACAAAUGGAUGAUAAAGAACAACCUACUAUUUGUCAACCUAGUUUAGGUGUUCACAUUAUUCUUCCUGGUUAUUAUAGCCCUACUAAAAUGGGUUUACUAGAUCCAGAUACGCGUGAUGGUCGUGUGAUCUUCUUUUUACCAUGGAUGAAUUAUGCGUUAGCUGGCACUACAGAUACUGAAUGCAAUGUUACUGAUCAACCAUCGCCUUCUGAAGCUGAAGUGAACUUUAUCUUGGAAGAAAUUAGUAGUUAUCUUUCUCCGGAAAUCCAAGUUCGUCGUGGUGAUGUACUGUCAUCUUGGGCAGGUAUUCGACCACUUGUUCGUGACCCAAAUUCUUCUGAUACACAGUCGAUUGCACGUAAUCAUAUUAUUGAUGUUUCGCCAUCUAAAUUGAUAACAAUUGCUGGUGGUAAAUGGACAACUUACAGAAGUAUGGCAGAAGAGACUGUGGAUAAAGCGAUAAAGGUAUGUGAUCUUAAACCAACUGGUCCAUGUCGUACCAAAGGUCUUCUUUUAGAGGGGGCUCAUGGUUGGUCACCAAAUCUAUUUAUACAAAUUGUUCAAGAAUAUGGUAUGGAUGUUGAUGUGGCACGCCAUUUAACUGGGAUUUAUGGUGAUAAAGCUAUCACUAUAGCUAAUAUAUCCAAACUAACUGGUUUAAGAUGGCCAAUAUUAGGUAAAAAAUUACAUCCUGAAUUUCCUUUUAUUGAAGCUGAAGUGGAAUAUGCAUGCCGAGAAUAUGCUUGUCAUGCUGUCGACUUUCUUGCUCGUCGUACUCGUUUAGCAUUUUUGAAUGUACGAGCUGCGGAAGAAGCUUUACCAAGAAUUGUUGAUUUAAUGGGUGAACAUUUAAAAUGGAACAGUGAGAGAAAAAAGCAAGAAAUGCGUGAGGCAGAGAACUUUUUAAAAUCUGAAAUGGGUCUUGGUCUGCGUGUUAUGGAAGGUGUUCGUAUGGAUUUGACUAUUGAUGAAAUUAGUAAUCUUUUACAAAGUUUCCGUAAACUUGAUCAUGACACUAAAGGUUAUGUUUCGUUGGAUGAUUUACGCAAAUUUUGUACUGAAUCUGGCGAAUAUGUUAGUGAAGAAGUGUUACAAUCUACUUUGAAUACAAUGGAUAUUAAUAAGAAUGGACAAGUUGACAUGUCAGAAUUCUUACAAUUUAUGAGUGCAAUAAAAUCUGGCGUUGUUGUCAACUCACCUCUAAAGAAAGUAUUAAGUCGUACUCGAAUUCCUGUUUAUAGAAGUGGUGGUGGUGUUUGA